UGCGAUCAUUCAGACCGAAAUACUCAUGAUGCGGUAGCAGGGACCGCUGAAAAAUAUAGCAGUUGUUUACAGCAAAAAUGGCAGUGGAGAAGCGCUUGGCAUUCUCUAUUGUGCAGUUCCUGAGAGAUCAAACACACUGCGGUGCUUUGAAUUCAGAUGAGCAGGAAAGCCUCGAAGUUGCAAUACAAUGUUUGGAGAACACCUUUAAGAUCAACGCCAGUGACUGUCAUCUCGCAGCACCACAACCUCUCACUGAAAUAUUCCUUAACUCUCUCCUUAAGAAUGACCAGAAUAACCUUGUGCUACCAGAGACAUCUCCGUCACCAGAAGAUACAGAAAGGGCAGAACAGCUGAAGAAUGAAGGGAACAAUCAUAUGAAAGAGGAGAAUUACAGCUGUGCAGUGGAGUGUUAUACAAAAGCCAUCAAUCUGGACCUCCGAAACGCUGUUUACUACUGUAACAGGGCUGCUGCACACAGUAAACUGGGGAACUACACGGAGGCAAUGGGGGACUGCGAGAGGGCCAUAGGAAUCGACCCUAGCUACAGUAAAGCCUAUGGCAGGAUGGGAUUGGCAUUGACUGCUAUGAAUAAGUACCCAGAGGCCAUCUCCUACUUCAAGAAAGCUCUUGUGUUAGAUCCCGAGAAUGACACCUACAAAUCCAACCUAAAGAUCGCUGAGCAGAAACAAAAAGAGACAGUCAGUCCUACAGCUACAGGACUGGGAUUUGACAUGGCUAGCCUCAUCAACAACCCGGCCUUCAUCAGCAUGGCUGCCAGUGUGAUGCAAAACCAACAGGUGCAACAACUUAUGUCAGGGAUGAUGACCAAUGCUGUUGGAGGUCCAUCAGCCGGUGUGGGAGGACUGUCGGACAUCUCAAGCCUGAUUGAAGCUGGUCAGCAAUUUGCCCAGCAGAUCCAGCAGCAGAACCCAGAGCUGAUCGAACAGCUCAGGAACCACAUCCGCAGCCGUUCCUUCAGUGGCAGCGCUGAUGAUCACUCGUGAUCCACGCAGUGUGAGGACCACCAACCAUAUGACGUGAUUACAGUCUUUACACCCAUUCCUUAAACUCACAUCACUGGCAGAGCUGGAAUGAAGACAAAUGGAGCAGAGGAUGAUGGCACUUUACUGUGACUGGAUCUUCAGAGGAGAAACAUUGUACAUACCCAAUCAGGAGGGCACGUUCUAUGUAGAUACUACCAAAUCAGGAGAGAAAGUUCUACAUAGAUAAUCAAUUAAUAGAGUCUUUACCCGAUUCUACACACCCAAUUAUUUUCUAAAAAAUUCCUACCGGUCAGGAGAAACAAUAUUCAACAGUUCUACAGACCCAAUCAGGAGACAGGUUCUAUAAAAGCAUUUUAAUAUCCACCCAGUUCACAGCACCUAUUUGAUCUUUAAUCUUCCAUUCCAAACAGAUUUAUUUUAUUUUGUUUGUGCAGGAAACCAUUACCAAAUAAUAAAAACCAUUACCAAAUAAUAAAAAACAGAUCCUGUCUAAAAGAUUUAAAUUACUUAACAGAUAUGUAUGUGAAUGCAGAGUUCUAUUAAGGUGAAACGUUUUAAGAGAAAUUUAAUUCAUUCAUCUGAUAGGAUUCCAAUUCAACAUGACAGGUUAUUGCAUCUGUUGUACACACUAGUUCUAUAACAUUGCACCUUUCAGAACUGGCCCAAAUAAUUGACUUAAUAUUAUAUUCUGUAAUUGCCCCAAGGAGGGAAGGAGAUGAAAGAAUGGAAGGAAGUAGAGAAAGGAAUGAAAGUGGUUAGGUAAGCAGUUGGAGACCUAAAGUAUGCAUUUCUGAACUAUUUGAAAAAGGAGCCUUCUCAUGAGUUACACACGAAAGCAGGGUUAUUGUUUUCUAUCCUUUCAUGUUGAAACAGUUAUUUUUGUAUCAAAUUAUUUGUUAUAGUUACUGUUGGGUGAAACAAAGAUCUUAAGGCGUGAUCAUCAGGAUUACUGUAAUUGCUUUUGAUUGCAAUUGUUAGACAGACAAUUAUAAGAUAGUAUGUCUUUGAAAGUAUGCAUUGUGACCGUGUCUGCAGCCCAGCCCCCCUGUAUUUACUAACAUCGGCAACCACAGCUAACACACAUACUGUACAUCAAUGACAUUUCCUUCUAAUUCUGUUUCAUUUUACACAAGUGAAGCAUUGUUGAUAGUAGGGAACUUCAGUCUUGGUGAUUUUGCAUGCUCUUCCAUCUGAUAUUUCUUGUCAGACAAUAGAAGCUAAUGAACAUGCUUGUAAAAACAGGGCAGCAUAAUGUUUUGUCAGAAAAUAUACCUGAAUAAAAUAUAUUGAAAUUGA